AGUAGGCUGGCUUCUAAGUGUUAUAAAAGUGGGGAUGAAGUGAAUGGUGUGGUGCCUGAUGGUGAUUUGGAUGGGGGAAAUUGGGGUCAGAGAGGUGAAGGCAGAGUUAAUGGCAACAUAUUUGUUCCAAAAUGUUGAAGCAGGGGUUGAUAUAGAAAGCUCCGAAGGACUUCCAAACCAACCAGUGCUCAAAUGGCCAAUGGAUACUUCAAAGAGACCUAAAAUUUAUCAACAACUUGUAUAUUGGAAUGGUGCUUUUAAUGAUCAAUACUUUGAGUUCUCUAACCACUUUGAAAGUGACACUGACUCUAUCGCCAUAAAUAUGUGGGUUUAUGUGUGCUGUCCAAAUUAUAACAAUGAAAGAUUCCUUAGAGUGAGGAACAAAUUCGGGAACAACAGCAUUGGAGAAAUCGAAAUGAAACUUACAGAUUCGGCCAGUGAUGGAGGGUAUAACUUCAAAAUUAAUGGAGGAACUAAUAUUUCUCCAAUUAAGAUAAGCCAAGAAAGCCAAUACCGAAAUCUAAUUGGGUUUGGAUGGAAAGAGUUGACUGUAUAUUCUAAAAAAGUUGUAAACUCUGCUUCACCAUGAACCUCUAAAAGUGACUCCCUCACGAGCAUCACAACUGGAUGGAAUAACAAUGCCUUUAUGUUCUUAGGCUUUUAUGAAGAAGCUUUUAGUUCAGUUAUAUUCUACAUUUACAGCAUGAGAGUUUACUCAGAUGUUGAGCCAAUACAAUCCUGUGACCCAGUUUGGGUCCCGUAUCAUAUCUAUUAUAAAUCCUGAGGCAACAGGAGUAAACAAGGCUCUGAAGAAUGAGAUGAUGGAAACUGGGAAAAUGAUGAUGGGUGUGACCAAGAUUGAAAAAUAGAGCCAGGCUGGAAUUGAACUGGGUCUUUUCCUUCUACUUGAGCAAGGGUCUGAGGAUGGAAUGAGACAGGACCUCCUUUAGAUGAAGCUGUGGAUUGUUAUGAUAAGAAUACUGUAGCUGGAGAUGGAUGUGACCUCAAUUGUGAAGUUGAAGAUAAGUAUGUUUGUAAAUGGGAUACUGGGUCGGAGAGGACUGAGUGUACAGACAUAUGAGGAGAUGGUUUUGUAGUAAGCUCUCCUUCGACUACAUAUUGAGAUGAUGGAAAUCUGAAUGAUGGAGAUGGAUGAAGUAGUACUUGUACUGAAGAAAUUGGAUUUAAUUGAGCAGGAGGGUCUUCAGCAUCAGCCUCUAGCUGCUCUGAAAUCUGAGGUGAUGGUAAAGUUAUUGGAGAUGAGGAAUGAGAUGACAAUAACUUAGACGUAAAUGAUGGAUGAACUAAUUUUUGUAUAAUCGAGCUAGGCUAUUCUUGUAUUGGAGGGUCUCCCACAAGCAAAAGUAGUUGAUAUUUUGGAUCUUGUGGAGAUGGUAAAAAAGCAAAUCUUGAAGAUUGAGAUGAUUCAAAUGAGGAUGAAGGAGAUGGCUGUGAUAGCUCAUGUAAGGUUGAAAUAGGCUACAAUUGUACUGGAGGUACUCCUUUAAAACAAGAUGCUUGUGUUGAAAUCUGUGGAGAUGGAAUCGUAGUCGGAAACGAAACUUGUGAUGAUCAAAAUACUCAAAGUGGAGAUGGAUGCACCGAGAACUGUCUAAUAGAAGAUGGAUGGAAAUGAAGUGAAUCUAAUUCAACAUCUCCAAGCGUUUGAGAAGUGAUUUGAGUAGUUGAAGGAUGAACGAAAUGUGAGUAUGGUAAAGGCUCGAAAUGACAGACAUGUGAAGAUGGAUACCAGCUCCUCGAUAGCAAAAAAUGAAGAUAUACUGUAGUUGCUGAAGAAGUCCAAACUCUCUCAAGUGGAUCCCAAGCUGCAGCAGGAGCUGGUUCUCUUAUUGCCACUCUGAUGUCUCUUUUGAAUUCAUCUUCACCCAUGGCUAUCUGGUCGAUGGCCAAUCAAAUGCAGCUUUUGAUGCUUCUACUUUUGACUCAGACAUCUCUGCCUUCUGACGUAGUUGGAUACAUUUCAGGCAACCAAAUGUUCUCGUUCGACAUGAAGUUCUUGCCAAUUCAGAAUAAUGUAGUAUCUAAGGUACCUCUAGACUGGCUAAAGCAAAACCAAACCAACAUUGGACUAGGAGACAUGGGGAUGGAGUCAGGCAGUUCAUUCAACAACAAUUUCGGCAUCAUUUGAACACUGCUGAUGUUGGUAAUAUUUCACUGAUUGUGGAGCCUGCUACCCAGAACUAUUGAUGACGAUGAUCCUCGAGAUUGCAAAGAGAAAACCCUCAAAUUUGUUGGGUGGGUCUGGAAGAUCCUGACAUUUGGAGUCUACAUUCGAUUGGUGUUGGAGGCAUAUCAGAAUAUUCUGCUGUCAAGUCUUAACGAAAUCAAGAACUUUGAACCAUCAUCAUUGCAUAUAGCAGUAUCCACAGCUGCUGCUUUAGUGUUCUUAGUAUUGAUGUCGCUUGUGUUUUACUGGGCUCUGAAACAAAUCAACCGUGAUUUUGAUCCGAAACAACACUCAAAAUCAAAGGAGCUUGUUGCUGGACUCAAAGAUUCAAAAGCUGCUAGACUCUUCACAACUCUUCUGUUAUUAAGAAGACUUGUAUUUUGCACAUGGUUGAUCAUGUUCUCGUUUACUGGCUAUUAUUACUUGGUGUCUGGGAUGCUUCUGGUACAGAUAUUGUACACUAGCUUUAUGAUCUUUGUAAGACCUUUUAAAGAGCCAGCCAACAAUUUGAUAGAGUGACUCAACGAGAUAUUCUUUUUGUUUAUAGUAGCAUACUUGAUGAAAUACAACACAAAACAAGCAUGGACUCCAAUGCCAACCAAGAUCUAUAUCUACAUUCUCAUGCUCAACAACAUUAUUGUAGUCAGUAUAAUAUCAGUGGUUGGAAUUGCCCAACUCUGCAAGAAACUAUGUGGCAAGAAGAAACCAGACACAUUCGAAAUUCCUCAAAUAAUCCCUCCAAAGACCAAUCCAAGAAGAUUCAUCGAUAGUAACACCAUCGCAACCUCAGACAUCCAUUUGAGAAAGUUCCCAACAAACUCAAUGACCUCCAACCCCGAAGAUCCUCCAAUUUCCUCCUCCAUCGUCUCCAUGAACACCAACGUCAAAAGAGUGAAUAAAAUCAUGCCAAUUGCUGAAUAA